CGCAAAAUCUUCCGUAUUCAUGCAGCGGUGAAUGAUACCAUGUCUCGGUUGAAGGCUCCCACCGCCACCGCCAGCCAUCCUGUGAGAUCCCUGGUAUCCUUCUUCUCUCGCUCCACCUCUUCCCCUCCAUCAUCCUCUCCAUCAUCCUCCUCUCCAUUACCCUCCGUCUCCUUUCCAAACCAUCUUGAUCUCCUCCAACGCUUCUUCCACAACCGCGACACUAAACAACCUUUCGCUGUCUUCGCCUUCCUCGUUAAGCAUGGGCAUCCCAUCAACACUCUACUCCUCAAUCACCUCACCAAAUCCUUCGUCAAUGCUCGCAAUGUGACUUCUGCUUUGCUGCUCUUUCGGGAACUGGGAAACACUUGUCUUCCACCUGAUGUUGUUACUUAUAACACCAUCAUUAGUGGCCUUUUCAAAGAGAAGAGGCUUGAAGAAGCCAUGGAUUUAUGGGCUGAGAUGAAAAAAUUGGAUUUCUCUCCUACUGUUGUGAGUUACACCAUUGUUGUUGACGGCCUUUGUAAGGUUGGUAGAACAGGGGAAGCUCUGAGCUUGCUGGAUGAGAUGCAGAAGAGAGGUCUUGAGCCUGAUGUUUUUGUCUAUAGUGCUCUUAUAAGUGGUAUGUGCAAUGUUGGUCUUGUGGACAAUGCAUUGAAGGUGUUUGAUGAAAUGUCCAAGAAUGGUGUUUCUCCUAAUGUGGUUAGUUUCACUUGUUUGAUCCAUGGGCUUUCGAAGAUUGGUAGGUGGGAGGAGGCGAUGGAGAUGCUGGAUUCGAUGGCCAGGCGGGGGAUACGUCCUGAUGUGGUGACUUAUACUGGUUUGAUAGAUGGCCUUUGCAAGGAGGGGAGGGUGAAGGAAGCUAUGAGAUUGUUGGGACUAAUGGUGGAGAAAGGGGAGAAGCCAUGCUUGGUUACAUAUAAUGUUUUGAUCAAUCAGUUCUGCAAAGAGGGGUUGGUUGAGCAUGCUUAUGGAUUCUUGGAGAAGAUGAUGGAGAGCGGGAAUGCCCCAGAUGUGGUGACUUAUAACUCGAUGAUUGCUGGUCUUUGUGCUGUGCAUAAAGUUGAUGAGGCGAUGAAAUUGCUCAAGGAAAUGCUUGAUGGGAAGCGUGUAGUUGAACCGGAUGUGAAGAGUUUUAAUACGCUUAUACAUGGGUUGUGUAAGAAUUAUCGAGUCAAUGAGGCCUUGGAUCUUCGGGAAAAAAUGGUGCAGAGAGGGUAUGAUCAUAAUCCUGUCACUUAUAAUCUGCUCAUUGAUGGUUUACUCAGGACUCACAAGGCUGAUGAGGCAAUGCUGCUGCAGAAGGAGAUGACUUUUCUUGGGUUGGUACCAAACUCUUACACUUAUAGUAUUAUGAUCAAUGGGCUCUGUAAGAUGAGGCAGCUUGAUGCUGCAGAGAAGCUUUUAAAUGAAAUGAAAACUAGUGCGAUGAAGCCUACUUUGCAUGAUUACAAUACUGUUAUGGCCCUGAUGUGCAAGAAGCAUAAGGUUGAUCAAGCUAUGAGUUUGUUUCGUGGAAAUGGAGGAUAAUAACUGCAGGCCA